AUGGUCCCCCAUAACUACACAUCUACAAUGGACUACGGCAAGAUUCAGGAGUACAUGGCGACGAGCCAGCCUCUCAUGGCGAUCGAGAAGCUGCAAAAACACCUGUCCACGGCCCCAGACGAUCUUUUGGCGCUCCAAUUACUAGGAGAAGCUCUACUGGAAAUCGGAGAGCCCGAGCAGGCGUACAAUCACAUCAAAAUGGCGGCCGACGCGGAUCCAGACGGAUCCAAGGGCGGCUACGAGAAGUUUCUGUGGCUGGGCCAGCUGGUCGGAGGCAGACAGGGCAUUGAGUGGUACAACAAGGGAAUUGAGGGCCUCAAACAGGACAUUGCUAACGACGAGCACAAGCUGGGUUCGGGGUCGCUGGACCAGGACUCCGACCACACCAAGCAGGCACUCGCAUACAAGAAGCGAAAGCUGUGCGAAACGCUGUGUGGAAUUGUCGAAAUCUGGAUGACCGACCUGUGCAUGGAGGAAGAGGCCGAGACCCAAUGUGUCAACCUGAUGGAGGAAGCUAUCAAGACCGAUAAUGAGCAUGCCGAGAGCUGGGCCGUGGUGGCCAGCGUGCGAAUCAGUCAGCAGAAGAAUGAGGAGGCCAAGGAGGCUCUUGCCAAGGCAUGGGAGAUUUUUGCCGUGGACCAGGAGCCUUCUCUUCCCUCCAUCAUGCAACUGACUAAGAUGCUCAUUGAGAUGGGCAUGCUUGAGCAGGCUCUGGAGGCGUCGGUUCGAAUCCACGAUCUCAAUGAUGAGGAGAUUGAGGGUUUCUAUCUGGCUGGCCUGGCCUCUUUCACGGCCUGGGAGCAGGACAAGGAGGACCUUACACACGCUGUAGCCGCAGCUUCUGCCUUCCAGCGAGCCUCCAAGCUGUACGAGAAGCAAACCAAGCAAUUUGGCGAGGCUUCUUGCGACCCAGAGGUGGUGCAGCACAUUCAGGAGAUGUACGCCAAGCUGCCCUCCGAUCUGGAGAUUGAGGAGGACAAGAAGGAGGAGUAUGACGAUUCUUGGGAAAAGGAAAUUGUUUACGAGGAGUAA